AUGGCAUCUUUGGACUUUGACCAGAAGUUCCUUGGUCGGAUAGCCAAGCAGACUGAAGACACGAGUCCAUUCCUAUCCAGCGCUCUUUAUCAGAUUCUGGGUCUAUCAGUCCUCCUGGCUCGGAGACUCAUUCGCGCCAGGAAGCUUCGAAAACUGGACACUAGCCGGGAUACUCCUUCACUUUCGACCUAUCAGCAUAUACUAUGGAUGUCCCGCGAAGGGCUCUCUAUACUCGAGCUGUACGUGCUUCCAUAUGCUCAGGAUAACCAGCAUGGACCCGAAUGCAGGGUGUUGAGCGUGAAGUUGCGGGCGAGCUUCUACCACAUCUUCUGCCUCUUCCACAACCAGCCACCCGUCACAACAAUGAACAUGACAAGUACUGAUCCUCGGAAUCCCGCCUCACCCCCCUUACACCUAUCACCACCAAAACAUGGAAAUGGACCUGGUCGCAAGAUAGAUCCCCUGGGAUUGCCACCCCCUUCAAAGCGCUCAGGCAAACAACCAGUAUUACGGGAGCCCAUCGACUCUAUUGUGUCCGAGACAUCUUUCGUCACGAACCCAUAUGCAGCAGGGGGGCCAGUCGGCACACCAUCACCAGGACCAACGAUCAACGCGCCUCCGGGCCUCAACCCGGUGCCUAUUCCACAGCCUUCAUCCUUCAUACUCCCACCACUGAACUUCGUUCCGUUAGCCAGCGGCUACUUUACAACCGCUACACAAUACGCCACCUCGUUCCUGCAUGGCUCGCAUCCAUUGCGGUUGUCCGUUGCGCUCGAGCACAGUGCGUUCUUGUGGGAUUGUCUUCACGACCAUGAUGCCUCACGACGCGUCGCUCGACGUGCAAUCAAAGACGUAUACCGCGCACAAGAAGCCAUGGAUGAUACAGAGUUUGAAGAUGCCGCUGAACUCGUGGGUAUUCUGGGUCGCAUGAUGAAGCGCAAGAGCUGGGAAGGCACCCCACGCGUCGGAGGCAUGGCAAGUCCCGAGCCUGUCGCACAGAACGCCCCACUAGCAGCUGGUGGCCGGCUGGAACAAGCGAAUAUGCCAGUCACCUCUCCUACCCAGCGCCCUCAGCCAAGUAGCAGGAGAGCGGCAGAAUCAUCGCCGCUCACUGACUCGUCUAUGCAGACGCCGCCAGCGAGUGCCGUACGCAGUCGAGCAAAUACAGCAAGCAGGUCUGUACCUCGACAAAAAGAAAGCAACAGCCACGAGAAUACACCCAAAUCACCUCCACGGCGGCAUGCCGAAGGCAAUAGUCGCGACACUACACCACGCGCGAGGCACGUCAGUGUCGAAAGCGGUGCCAGUACAACACCUCGGGCACCUCAGGGAGUAGGCGGUCGCUCUCCCGCAACACCAUCCACGGUCCGAACUGCGCACCGAACUUCAGGCAGCGGUGGCUCUUCAAAAGGAACACCCGUUGCCGGGACCUCGACACCACUGACACAAAGCGCAGCCGCGACACUCGUUUCGGAGAACAUGCGCAACUCGCCGACGCUGCGGCGCACACCUCCGACGCAACUCUCACCCGAACACCACGUAGAGACGGGUCGGGAGAAGCAAAGAAAAAUGGAAGUGCAAUGGACCGACUCCAUGCAUGAAGCCGACAUUGUGCUCCUUCCCAUGACACAGCCCUCUUCGGUUUCAUCAACACCUAUCGACUACGCCGGACAAGCGUAUCCCGAGUAUCCAGUUCACUUCCGGCCAUGA